AUUCAAACGAGUUCCGAGUGAUUUUUACAUGCAGAGACGGGCUCGUAUACGGUGAUAAUAUUACUUUAGAAUUAAAUUUUUUUUUUUCUUUGUUUUGUUUUUUUUUUUUUUUAUUUUGUUUUAUUUAACCGCUCGGCAUCGCGUCGUACAGUUAAUCGGACAGUUCAGUCGACCGGACAUACCUAUAGUAUACCGCGUUUGAUAAUAGUUAUUUCAUGCGAAUCAUAGCGGUUGCUUAUUUAAUAUCUAAACUAUCGUUCGUUUCGUAUUGUCGUUAUAAAAGUAUAUACUCGCGCACGUAUUUUACGAAAACCACGCCGAGAAUUAAAAGAGUUAAAAGUUGGUAUUUCUAAAAAUAAAACCGUAUACCGUAUAUUAUUAUAUUCAUUGCCGAGACAAUAAUAACGUUGGCGGCAUCGUCAGCGGCGGUGACGACGACAGAGACCACGACAAAAGGCGACUGUAUCGACAACUCUGUAUAACAAAAACAAACAUAAACAAACAAAAGAAAAUACAUUUUGUUUGUUGGUUUUUAAAUUAUCAGUUAUCUCGCCAAUAUGCACGCCAGUACGUUUCGACAAAUAAUAGCGUCGUUUAUUAGUAAGUACACUAUAUCAUUAUUAUUAUACAUUUCUUAACGUUUAUUUUUCUCGACUUUUCGUAAUUUUUAUUUUGUAUUAUUAUUAUUUUCACAUAUAUUAAAAAUUAUAUCAAGUCUCCUUCGUAUUUAGCACGGUAAUCGUUUAUUUUCUUUUAUCUGUUUCCUCUUAUAACGCGUGCCAAUUUUUAUCUUAUUUUUUAAAAUCUAUUUACAAUUUUAUAUUAUGCAAAAGUUCUUUCUCAAAGCCAAUAUUAUUGUUUUUUCUGUUUUAGUUUUAUUGCCUGCCAAUGAUUAUAAUAGUAUACCAAAUGAAACGUUAAUAAUAAUAACAAUAUUAGAUACCUAGUCGAUAAUUAACAGAAUUUAAUAAAAAAGUUAAUUUUUUUCUUUUUCUGAAUUGUUGUAUUCUUUAUAUUACUUUAUAGAUAUACAUAAUAUAUACGUAAUAUGUAAAAAUAUUGUACGGUAUACGUACAGGCUGUAACCCUAAGAUCUAACACCUGAAUUACUUUUGAUCUGGUUAAUAUUUUGCGGGAAAUUUUACUACAUAAUUACUAGAGCCUCGCGCUAUUUUAUAUAAACCUAUUUUUUAAAAAAUUUACAAAAUGACCUUUGACAAAUAUAUUUCGAAACUAAAUAUUGUCACAUAUUUACUUUCAGCGAAUCCAUUUGAAUCCAUCUCCAAUUGUUUUGAAGUUACCUACACCCGUAGUCAAUUAAAAACCGAACGACAUAUUAUUGAGUAUUUUCUUUUUGGUUUUAAUUCGCACGCACACGCGUUGAUAAUAUUAUAAUCGUAUAAGUAUAAUAUAUCAUAUAACUGAUUAAUAUUAAUAUUAUGAUUUUUUUUAAUUAUUCGUACGCGUUUGACUGUAUUAGUUUAAUUACUUACCGCAGAGAAGUUUGUUAUAUAUAUAAUUAUUAUUUUACACGUACAUUGCAUACAAAAUAAAUAAUAAUUUUUCUUUUUUAUAUUAUUAUUAUUUUUUAUGUAUAUAUAUAAUAAUAUGUAUGUAUAUCAAUAAUAAAUAUUGCCUAAUUAUAAUAUAUAACACAUAUACAUAAUAUAAUAUUUAAAUAUACAAUAGUUAAGUUUACCAACAGAGAAUAUAGAAAUAAAAAGAAAUCGGGUUUUUCUAGUACAAGCGCUUAGGCGAUCUACUCGCGAUCCCAUUUACCGGUCGUAUAUCGCGUAUACCUAUUAUAGAACAUAGGUACUUAAAAUAUUCAAUAUUAUAAUAAUAAUCGCAAUAUCGCAAAUAUUAAAGUCCAUCAUGUAUGUAUUAUCGAAAUAUUAUAGGUAAUAAUAUUAUAUAUUUACACGACUGGCCGGCGAACGACCCGACCCGAUGGUCGCAUGGUCGAGCCGCAUGCUACAAUUUAAUUUUACAGUACUACAUAAUAUUGGUAUCUUAUCACUUAUUUUAUAAUAUUACGAUAAUGUAUUAUAAUAUCAGGUUUAUAAUUUAUAUUAUUGUAUGCAAUAUCUCUCAUACCUAUUUUAUUAUUAUAUAUUUUCCCGAUAAAACAUAAUAUGUAACUGUAUUAAAAAAAUUAAUCAUUUUAUACUAUAGACGAUGACAGUGUAACGAUUAGAUUACAUUAAUUUGUAUCAUAUCGUUGCGUUUAUUACCCAUACAUACCUAUAACUCGCCUCGUCCCGAUAAAAUAAUAUUAUUAUAAUAAUUAAUAAUUAUUGUAGGAAUUACCAAAUAUAUAUAUAUUAGGUGUUAUAAUAUAAUACACGUUAUAUAGGGGAUGUCAUAUUAUUACAUUAUAUUAUUAUAAUGUGUGCUCGGAAAGUUUAUUAAUAAAAUAAAUUAGUUCACGGUCACCAUUCAUCUUGUUAAAGCCGAAUCGAUUCUAGGCUCGUUCUGAUAUAUGCGAAAGGAACAUUUUCAAAUCAUCAACAUCGUCAAAUACAAAUUAUUAAAUUAUUGGUAUGCGAUUUCUGAAAUAACAACAGAUACGUAGGUACGUAUAGGUUAUACCGUUACGUAGAAAAUUAUUUUCUACCUACAAUUUUAUCUACCACUAUGUACAACUUAUAAUAACCCUCCUGUUAAAUUUACAAGCAUUUAAAUUUAGUCUAACAAUUUUAUCCACAUAGUAUACUUACUGAAUAAAAGUUACGUACAAAACUGGCAAAAUUAAAAUGUCUAUAAAUAGCUCAAAAAAAACUAAAUCUUUCAAGUCUCUGUGAAUAUUUAUACUGAACUACAAUAAAAAACAAAAUUAAGAAUAAUAAAAUCAUUAUUUUCGUAAAUUUUCCCGUUUUCCUUACGUUUUAUCCCAGGUUUUUCCAGAUAUUAUGAAAACCGCUAGGAAAAUGAAAANAGGGUAACAUUGCCAAAACUUUUAAAAUUUUUUGAGCUUUUAAGGAAUUUGAAUUGUUGGUAGUUAUUUUGCUGUAAUUCGGUUAUAAAUACACGUAGAAACUUGAAGCUUGGUAAUAAUGAUUAUUCUUGAACUUACCCAGAUGUGGUAAAAUUUUCAAAAUCAUUGGACGACUUUUUAAUUUUUUUACUAUGGUACUUAAUUUUUUUUUAAAUAUACUGUAGACCACUUUUAUUCUAAAAAACUUGCUCCGGUGUAUAAGUGUAGCACAUUUUCUGAAAUUCAAUUUUAUCUACUUGGUAAAUAUAUAGGCUUUUUUUUGAUUUUCGAAACAGUAUUUAAAAUCUGCGUUGAAAAAUAGGAGUAUAUCAUUUAUCCAAAUUAAAUUAUGUGCUUCUUGUUCAAAGUGCAAUAUUCGUAGUAUUGGAGUAAGGAUAUAAGCAUUCUAAAACAGUAGUCCUUAAUAAUAAAAUAAAAACGAUUUCAUUUAAUGAUUGGAAUAAAAAAUGAUAAAAACUGAUAUCAAAUUUACAUAAAAUCCGAAAAAUCGCAUGCACUUUCAAUUUUAUUCGUUCGUAUGUAACGUAUAGUAUACGUUUACUGACUAUAAUAUUUAGAAGUGCACUCACAGACAAAUAUGCGGUUGCGAAUUAAAAUUGAAUGUACAAUAUUACCUGUAUUGGUCUACCCAAAAAUGUUGUGAAUUUCGAGAUAAUAUAAUAAUAACUGAUUUUUAACUUCAAUGUCACCUAUAUAACCAAGCAUACAAGUAUAUUGGACAUAAUUUUAUGUGAGUAGUUUUAAUAUAUUUCAUGAUAAUUGCUGCAGUUGGACGAUACCUAUGAUUUAUUUUAAUACAAUAUAGUAAAUGAUUUACAGAUAUUUUAUUAAACGAACAAAAAGUCAUAUAUAAUAUAUGCACGUAUAGAUUAUUUCCUCGAUUGGUUAGGUUUUUUUUUAGUCGGACGUAGAUAUUUUACUCUAAUCUCUAUUAGUAGGCCAGUAUCAUAUCUAAUGUCAAAUUAACCAAUUUUGCGCUAUUAGUUUUAAUAUUAGAUUGAAUUGACCUUUUAUCAAACUCAAAGGUAAAAUCAUAGUUUGUGUUUGUACCAAUUAUAUUUUAGAUUCUGAGUGGAAAGAGUAUACAAAGAUGUUUAUUUUUUUCCUGUGAACAACUUUUAUACCAGUAUUUUAAUCCAAUUUAUAAUGAUAGCAAUUUUUCUAAAAGAAAAUCGAACUGGGGAGGUACUUUGAAGAGGAAUUAUUCAAUUUCCAAAGAAUUUUCCCCAGCAAAUAUGAAAAACCGAGAAAAACGUAGGAAAAUUGGAAAAUCGUUACAUUAAACAAAUAUUAUUAAAGAGAAUAUAUAAUGUCUAUAAUUUUUUUAUCAUAAUGUGACAUAUGUUUUUGAAAAAGCAUCACUAUCAACUGAACUCCACUCAUAAUCGUUUUUUAAUUAGUAAUAGUUUAUCGUUGCUUACAGCUAUUCAAUUUAGGUUGGGUUACAUCCAGUAACAUCCAGUACAUCCGAGUUAGGUCCCGGGUUAAUACAGGUGCUUUACUAGUUGGAUUCCGGAUUUCCACAGGUUGUACACUAGUUGGGUCCCGAAUGUGGUUAAAAUGUGCCAUAUUAACGUAAUAUAUAAUAACUUAUUAGUUAUUAGUAAUAAAUGAAUAAGUUUAGUAACAUAAAACUUGAUUUUGUCAAAAUACUUUCUUAUAAAUGUUUACACAAGUACAUUUAGUAUAUUAGUAUUGAAUUAAAUUAAAUGGACACAUGUUUUUAAUUUUUUUUUUUUUUUACAUUAAGUAUAUUAAAUUAGUAGGUAUUCAUUGAACGACCGGAGAUUACCUUCUGAAUGUUUUCCAAAUUAUUAAUUCAUCUGGCAAAAUAAUUUUUUAUAGAACCUAAGUUUUAUUUUAAACUAAAAUUCACUGACAGUCCUAAGUCUGUAAAAAUGAGAAGAAAAUUAAGUGUUUGUUUUGCUUGUAUACGUUUGGACCCAACUAGUGUAGUACCCAAAAUUCAUUGGGUCUCAACUAAUGUACUACCUACCAAAACCAUUUUAUCUGGGGCCCAAUUCAGAUGCAGCCAUUAAAUUACCUAUAACAAUGGCUGCAUCCGUCCUCAUUAUUCUAGGACAGCUUUUUAAAAAUUGUUUUGUUAUAAACACAAGUUUUUUGAUAAAUGAUAUAUAAAAUGGUAAACUAACGUACAAAAACGAACAAUAACAUUCUUAUCUUUAAGUUUGAUAUUACCUACACCAAAUCUAAUACUAAUAAAAUUAACAGCCAAAAUUCGAUUUACCGAACGCAAAUUUGACGUUAUCAAAUUUUUGAGGUAUAGCCAUAAUACAUUUACCAUCAGUCAUGCAGGGUUCAUUUUUGAAGAAGUAGGGGGUAAUGCAUUUCAAAGAAAUAUCCGGACGGAUAUUUAAGGGUAGUUUAUUACUAAAUAUCGUACAUAGAUAUAUUAAAAUAGAUCUGGUUCACGAUAAAACAGUCAUUCUGUAUAAAAAACUGCUGCUCAGUUGAGCGAUCGUUUUGCUUCGUUCAUUUUUGUCCAUGAUCAAUGGUGUACCUGUAGGGAGGGAGAAGGGGGUAUUCGGUCUUCCCCCUGUGGGUUGUAUAAUUUUAUUGGACAAUAUGUGUGCAUUGUUAUAUUUUUUAAAUCUUUAAGAAAUUUUUUAUUUUAAGAAUGGGUGAAAAUAUAUUUUGCCUCUCCUUCCUAAAAGAUGUAUAGGUACGCCACUCUCCGCGAUAGUAUAGGUAUAAUAUUUAGUAUUGUAGUGUUUUAUUAUUUCAAGGCAUAAUUUAUUAUAAUAUCAUUUUAUUCGAGUAUUAUCACUAAUAUAAAAUGUUUUUAACAUUUUACGUGCUCGUAAGAAGAAAAUACUCUGACGGGUGUGAAUCGCCGAGAUAAACGCAAUUAGUCGUAUAUAAACAAUAUAAAUUAGCAAAACUGUAUAUUAUGUAGAACUGCGUAAACGAGAAUUUUCGGUGAAGGGAAUUCAUCAUUUCAGCACUGAGAUAAUAUUAUUCAAAACGGUGCAAAACGUAAUGAAUAUAAGAUAUAGGCAAACGUUUUGUUUAAGUGAGUAAAGAUUUUUUUUUAUAUAGUUCAAAAACUAUAUGUUAUUUUAAUAUUAUACAAUUAGGUUGUAUAUUAUUUGCUGUUAAACGAAUAUAUCCACCUAUAUUCUGUGUGAAGUAUUUGGGAUUUUGAUGUUCUAUAGGUUAACAAUUAAUUAUCUAGUACCAUUUUAUUUGAAAUCCCUUUUAUACAGAGGCGUGUAGUUGUGAAAAUAUUCAGAGGGCCUCCCUACCGAAAGUCCAACAUUUUUUCCCUAUUUUAAUAGGUAUUUUUUCUAGCAUACUUUUUUUUUUUAAUUUGGGGUGGUCUGGAUCACGAUAUAUUUUAUGUACUUUUGUUUCUGAAAUUACACGAAAUAAAAACUGAACACAUUUUUGAAAAUUUUAAAAUAUAAAAGCCAAAGAUCGUUUUUUUCUGUGUUAUGUAGUAAAAUAGAUUUUUUUUUUUUUAAUUGUUAAAAAUAUAGUUUAGUAAAUAGUUUAAAAAUCAAUUUGCUUUAAAACGACCAUGUGAUAUCCAUUUUUCUGUAAAUUGUAUUUUUUGUAAACCACCUUUACCUACAGGAUUGUUUGAACAUUAAACUUAGGUACGUCUAAACGUUUUUUUAAUAAUUUUGGUUUUUACUUUAUUUAAUUUAUCGAGCAAAUUUUAAAUACUUAAUGAAUUGUCAAUACAUAUUUUUAAAAAAAAUACAUUAUUUAUUUUUAGUAUCGCUGUCUGCGCUGAUGUCCGGCUCGUUCUUCGGAUGGCCGUCACCGGUCGCACAAAUUUUGCGCUCAGAGCGGAAGCCGAUGAACGUGACGACGUACGAGGAAUCAUGGAUGGUGACGUGCAUUGAGAUCGGUAACCUGCUGACGCCACUACCAACCGGAUAUCUAAUGGACGCAGUGGGCCGCCGGGCCAGUCUGAUAGUUUCCGUGCCAAUAGCGAUUACCGGAUGGGCACUGAUCCGCUGCACCAAGACCGUGUGGGGUCUGUACGUGGCCCGUAUUCUGCACGGUUGCGCAAUGGCCGUUGCGUACACCGUGGUGCCUAUCUACGUGGGUGAAAUUGCGGACGACGACAAGCGUGGAUCACUCAGUCUGUUCUUCCAGGGCAUGAUCUCGUCCGGCGUAUUGCUCGUCUACGUGGUCGGCUGGAUGGUGUCGUACGAUUGGCUAGCGGUCAUCAUGAGCGCGGUAAUAUACCAUAUAUACCAUAUACCUCUAAACCGCAAACCGCAUCACGGUUAUUAUUCUAAUAAAAAUCCGACCGAAAUCCACACGCGUACCGGCAGCUUACAUAGGUGAACCGAGCAGGUCUGUCGGAACGCGUGUGACCGGUUUAUUAUGCAGGCAAUAUAAUAACAUUUUUUUAUCAUUAUCUGGAUCGUGUUCACUACAAAAGAUCCCGAUGCUGUCGGUUAUUCUGUUGACGAUCAUACCAGAAUCACCGCACUACCUGAUGAUGAAGGGUGAAAAGGACAGGGCCUUCAAAUCGCUCAAGUGGUUGCGGUCGACUGAUAACGAGGCUGAGAUCGAAACGGAACUAAAAUCCAUGACUAAUUUGUCGUCGCUAAACAGCACACCGGACACCCUGUUAAAAUCAUCUGGUCGGGUUCUGGCUGUGGUGCUAGUCAUGAGCACGUGCCAAAUAUUCACUGGCGUCGGAGCACUGGAAUCGUACGCAUCGUCGGCUUUCAAAAUGAAUGGCAACCGUAACGCCAUUGCACUGGGUCUAGUGGCCCUAUCCAGUGACCUGAUGUCCGCGAUCAUUAUUGGCCGAUUUGGUCGGCGGCCACUGUUGUUGAUUUCGUGCGUCGGUUGCUGUAUCAGCCACUCGAUUGCCGCUUACGGAAUGUUCUCGGGCGAGCAAAAUCUCAUGGUCCUCGGUGCCCUUGCCGGAGUCAUGUUUUUCGCGAACGCCGGCAUCAUGCCACUCGUAGCAGCCAUCGUAUGCGAAUACUUUCCCACUGAACACCGGGCCCAGGCAAACGGUAUCACGCAGUUCGUCAUGACCACCGCAUCGCUGAUAUCACUGAAGAUAUAUCAGCCUAUUAACGAAGCGUACGGCGUGUACAGCAACUACGUGUUGUUCGCGGCUGUCGGGGCGUUCACCACAGUGUUCGUUUACUUGGUUAUACCGGAGACCAAGGGAUUGUCAUUCAAAGAGGUUGAAAUGGAGUUGCGCAAAAGUGGUCUGAAAAGCAAAGUUGUACAAGACAGCAAGGUUGGCCAGGAAAACAAAGCGUUUGAGGGCACCAACGGUGGUGGUGAGGACAGAAAAGUCAGUGAAGUUGGCAAGGAUGUCAGUGGUGACGGUGAUUGGAAUUGCUGUUGCGUCACCAUAAAACACGGGCCAUAAUAGCUAGGUGGAUUCCGUUCGGUGGGAACCACUUCGCAUGACGGAAUUCGAUGGUUUUCCACAAAUUCCGUACCGCCGAAUAGGUCAUACGCAUAAUACAUUAAUACCAACAACGUUCGCCACAUUGUGUAUUUAAAAGCGUCACGUCGAAAAUCCGAAAAUUGCGAAUCUCGAAAAUCAGACUAGUGGUAAACGCCACCAUGUCGAAUCGCGUACGUAUGAUCAGUGGCGGCAGCGACGCAAGGAAAACCCCAAUGAAAAACAUAAUUUUUUUAACGUUUUUAUACUUGCACGUUUUUUACGUUUUUUUUUUACAAAUUUUUCAUUUAAUGGCUAAAUCGUACAUAUAUAAAUGCAAAUAAUAUAAAUUAGUAUUAUAUUACUAUUAGCGGGCGUAUUAUAAAAUAACGCAAGCCGCAUGAUACGUAUUAUUAUAUACGCGUGUAAAUAUGCACACUCGCAUAAUCGCAUUACUCGCGUAAUCGUAAUUUAGGUAUUUAUGAUGUUUCGUUAUUAUUUCACUUGGACUGUUAUUAUUAUUAUUAAACCGCUAUUUCUAUAAUAAUAAUAUUACUACCGUCUUGAAAUAAUAUAAUUUGUUUUAUUUCGGUGUCACACAAUCGCGAGGUUGUUUUUUUUUUUGCUUUCGUUUCACUAUACAUACAUAUACUAUAUAAAACAGAAAGCAAACGGAACCACGUUUUUUUCUGUCUUUCUCCCCCACUCACAUUCUUUUUCUAAAUUGUCGACAUAAUAUACGUCGUAGAAAAUAAUGUAUAAUAUAUAUAUAUACGAUAUCAAAUCUCCCCAAGACGUUCUGAUCCGAGAAUAAUGUAUAGAUACGUAUACAUAGGUGGCUUAAAUAAUAGUAUGUACGAUUUUGCCGCGACCCCAUCGUCGUCGUUAUAUGUACAUAAAAUACAAUGGAGUGUUGCCAAUUUCAGAAUUCCGAGGAGAGAGAUCGCGCCGCACGUUUCCACCUGGAAAUCUGAACGAAUCCCGCGUAAAGCUAAACCGGUGUGAAACGCGGUGCGGGCCAAAUUACUUGGCAGAACGCACUCCGGCGUACAGUAACUCACCGCACUUCGCGCUUUUAUACGCACCUAAACGAAAAAAAAAAUAAAUACCCAAUGUAAUUAUUGUUCAUCAAUCACUGCGCUGCAUUGUUAACUCGGCCAACUAUUAUUAAUAAUAUUAAUAAUAAUAAUAAUAUAUAAUUUGCAUACCAUACAAAAAUCCGUUUAAAUUGAGUAUACGAUGCAAUGUUAAACAACUGAAUAAAAAAAAAAAAAACUAUGUUAGGUAAAAACUUAUUUUAAAUGCACUUUAUUUUGUUCAAUUUAAUUUUAUUGUUAGAUAAUAAAUUGCACUUGUUUGUUGCCAUAUGCUGGUAGUGUCGUAAUUUGGGAGGGACAGAGGGGGCAUUUAAUUCUCCUCGUUAUCAGUGAGCAGCUAAUGAGUCGAGUAUAGGCUUAUGUCGGGCUAGUUUUGUGCCGCAAGCCCACAGAAAUGAUUGUCAUUAUGUUUUAUGAUACAAGGUUACAAGUUGAUAUACAAGUUAACAAACGGUUUAUUUUCAGUUUUAUUAUGGGAUAGUCAAAAAUUAUGCACCUCCCUCUCAAAAACUUAAAUGACGCCACUGUCUAUAGGACAUUAUAAUAUAGUUUACAAAAAAUAAAAAAUAAUCUUUAUAAUUUAUUUAUUAUAGGUAAUUUAUUUUAAGACUAAUUAGCGUUAGGUAUAUAUCAUUAUACAAAUACGUAUUAUGUUAUUCUUAUUAUUACAUCAAUGAAAAUUGUUUUUUUUUCUGAUUAAUAUUAUUUGUGCAACGUCUAUACUCG